UGCCUCAAACGUUUUAUUGUGAGAACUCAUGUCUGAUCCAGAAAGGAAUAGAGUUUUAAUAGUUUUGUUGUUGUUGAAAAACUACUUUGUUAGUUUCUUUCAUUUACUGAUACAUCACCCUUAAAAUGUGUGUGCUCAGUUAAGACAAACGAAUUACAAACAGGCUUGUCUUAUAACGUGACUUAAUCUGCGAAAAAUUAAGUUUGGACGAUUUAAAAAAAAAAAUGGUUAGAAAGCUUAUUUAAUUCCAUGUUGAAUAAACACUGCUUGAAGUAUUUUCGAUUAAUAGGUAAAUAUAAAAAUUUGAAGCUUUUCUCAGUUAAAUUCUGAAAUCUCCUUUUUAAAAUUAGGCCAAGAAGAUAAUGAAAUAUUCAUUGGUUUUCGAAUUAUCAUACAAUAUGUGGAAGCGUGCACACGACGAAAAUCUGUCGCUCGAGCGGCAUUCGAGUUUUUGUUAACGCAUGGAAAAUAGGAGACGCGUUAAUAAAAGACUUCUCGACUGCCGCUCGACCGACUCACAGAGUUAAUCACUUUCUAAACCAGCUUGUUUGUAAUCUGAUUUUCAUGACUUCAAAAAUGUUCUCCACACUAGAUUCCUUUGACACCAUACUUUCAGCAGAUUCAGUAGAAUGGUGCCCCAUAGAAAAUUUCAGAGACAUAUUCGUUUGCGGAACUUAUAAGUUAUUAGAAAAAGAAUCUAUAGAUGCAUCCGAAUCGCAAAAACGUGUCGGACGAAUUUAUCUGUUUCAAGUAGAACAUGGAAGAUUGAAUUUGCUCGAGCAGUUAGAGGGCGCUGCAGUUUUAGAUAUGAAAUGGGCCCGCUCAACGGUUUCCAAUAAGAUUUUGCUCGGGGUUGCAAAUGCCAAGGGAAUGUUACAGAUCUAUGAAUUGAUAGGUGAUUCAAGGCCAUGUUUACGAUUUCUAAAGCAAAUUCACAUCGAGAAACCAGGAGAAGUUGUAUUGGCUUUGUCUCUAGAUUGGUCGAUGGGAGAACAAUUUAUUAAUAAUUUGUCUACAAGAAUUACAGUCAGUGUUUCGAAUGGUUCAGUCCAUGUUUUUGAAUUAACGGAUGAAACGUUGGAGGAAAUUAAAUCUUGGCAUGGUCACGAGUAUGAGGCUUGGAUUACUGCUUUUGAUUACUGGAAUCCAAAUAUUAUUUACUCUGGUGGAGAUGACAGCAAAUUUAAAUCUUUCGAUAUCAGGGUCGACACUCCGGUAAUGAUUAAUCGAUCUCACACGGCUGGAGUCACUAGUCUUCACAGUAAUCCCGGAGAACAAUUUUUGUUAGCCUCGGGCAGUUACGAUGAGCGCUUGAGACUCUGGGAUACCAGAAAAUUGGGUCGGCCUAUUUCGAAAACAAAUUUAGAAGGAAGUGUUUGGAGACUGAAAUGGAAUACAUUCGAGAACAAUUAUCUUUUGGCGGCUUGUAGCCACAGCGGUUUUCGGGUACUUGAUUGUAAAAAUAUCGAAAAGCCGAUAAUUUUGGCGGAAUAUAACGAGCAUGAAAGUCUGGCUUACGGCUGUGAUUGGUCAUUCUUAAAUAGCACGGAACUUUUUCAACGAGAUUUGUACCCUGAACCAGGACGACAAAUUUCUCUAGUCAGCACCUGUUCCUUUUAUGAUCAUUUGUUAAACUUGGCAAUAAUCGAAUUUUGAUAGACAAUUUCUGAAUCGAUCUGCAAAAGUUUGUAGGAAAUAUUUGUAUGUAAUUGUAAAAAUCUAUUAAUCGAAUGACUGAAAUUUAUUGAUUAAAAAACAUAAUUUCUAGACAAUUUUAUUUGAUCGAAUUGA